AACAGAUCUAGGAUUCCUAAGACCACUGGGUCCAUCUGGUCAUCCCAGUUGAAGGUUCACUUCCUUCCAGUCAUGAGGCUCUUCAUUCUGCUCUCCUUGACUGUCUUUUCAGAUGCUAUGGUCAUGGACGAAAAGGUCAAGGAAAGUUUUGUGCUGGACACAGCUUCUGCCAUCUGCAACUACGAUGCCCACUAAAAGGACCACCCCAAAUACUGGUGCUGAGGCUAUUUCCGGGACUAUUGCAACAUCAUCGCCUUCACCCCCAACAGCACUGACCGUGUGGCCCUGGGGGACACAGGAAACCAGCUUAUUGUCACUGUGUCUUGCCUGACCAAGGAGGAUACGGGCUGGUACUGGUGCAGCAUCCAGUGGGACUUGGCCAGGGAUGACAUGGAUUUUACAGAGCUGGUUGUCACUGACAACAGAAGAGCCCUCGCCAACAAUUUUUGGUCUGGGAGAGACCUAUCAGGCAACAAGAAUAGAAGCUGCAGUUCUUCCAAAAUUGUCCACAAGGCAGAUCACUCCAGGAUGACCAUUCUCAUCACCUGCAUGCUGAGCAUGGGCCUGGGGACCAUCUCUAUCAUCAGUCAUUUGUCCAGAAGAAGGAGAGGCCAAAUGAGUAGAAGGGUAGAUGACUCUUUGAAGCCCCUCUCUCAUGUCCUGACUCCAAAGGCAAUGGUGCAUACUGAACAGAUGGAUCUGAAGAUUUCUUUUAUUUAG